AUUUUUAUCGAUUUAAUUAACCCACAUUCCUCCUUCCUCCAUUCACACAGGACAUCUUUCCUAAAUUACCCUCUCUCUCUCCAUCUACCUCCAUCUCCAUCCACACCUCUCUCCAUGGAUCACCAAACAAUCACCGCAAGAAGGAGCUUGAAGCGGAAGCUCGAGCCAGAAUUCCACGAAGAUAGCGAUCAUCGCAAAGUUCCAGCAACCGACGCUGAGGAGACUCGUCAAGAUCUGGCAUGUGAUAUUCAAGCCCAAGUUGACAUACUUAACUCAAGCUUCUCUUCUCUCGAAGCCGAUCGUGCAGCUGCCAAGCGCGCUGCUAACUUCCUCUCUCAGCUCGCAAAGAACGAGGAAAUAGUGAAUUUGAUCGUGGACUGUGGUGCUGUGCCUGCGCUGGUGAUGCAUCUUCAGGCGCCACCGCCUUUAAGAGGUGAAAGUAGUUCAAAAGCGUACGAGCAUGAGGUGGAAAGAGGCAGUGCUUUCGCUCUUGGACUUCUUGCAGUGAAACCCGAGCAUCAACAACUCAUAGUAGAUGAAGGGGCUUUACCCCAUCUUGCGGACUUGUUGAAGAGGCAUAAAACUAGUGGUAAUUCUCGAGCAGUCAAUGGUGUCAUCAGGAGAGCAGCUGAUGCAAUCACUAACCUUGCUCAUGAGAAUAAUGCCAUUAAAACAUGUGUCAGGAUUGAAGGUGGCAUACCACCUCUUGUUGAAUUGCUUGAGUUUGUUGAUGUAAAGGUACAGAGAGCAGCUGCUGGGGCCUUACGGACCCUUGCAUUCAAAAAUGAUGAAAACAAAAGUCAGAUUGUAGAAUGCAAUGCUUUACCCACUCUUAUUCUGAUGCUCCAAUCAGAGGAUACUACCAUACAUUAUGAAGCGGUUGGUGUGAUUGGAAAUCUUGUUCACUCGUCUCCAAAUAUAAAGAAAGAAGUUCUUCUUGCUGGAGCUUUACAACCUGUAAUUGGAUUGCUUAGCUCCUGCUGUUCAGAGAGCCAAAGAGAAGCAGCUUUGCUAUUGGGUCAAUUUGCUGCUGCUGAUUCAGAUUGCAAGGUGCAUAUAGUUCAAAGAGGAGCUGUCCGACCCUUAAUUGAUAUGCUCGAGUCUGAAGAUGUGCAGCUUAAAGAGAUGUCAGCCUUUGCACUUGGGAGGUUGGCACAGGAGACACACAACCAAGCUGGCAUUGCCCAUAGUGGUGGCAUAGUGCCUUUACUUAAGCUUCUUGAGUCAAAGAAUGGAACUUUGCAACAUAAUGCUGCUUUUGCUCUGUAUGGCAUUGCAGAUAAUGAGGACAAUGUUGCUGAGCUUGUCAAGGUUGGAGGUGUUCAGAAACUCCAGGAUGGAGAAUUCAUUGCUCAACCAACAAAGGAUUGCAUUGCAAAAACACUGAAAAGACUAGAAGAGAAGAUUCAUGGGCGAGUAUUGAACCAUCUCUUAUAUUUGAUGCGGGUUGCAGAGAAAGCUAUUCAGAGACGAAUUGCUUUGACUCUUGCUCAUCUAUGUGCUCCUGAUGAUCGAAAGGCCAUUUUUCUUGAUAAUAAUGGAUUAGAUUUGCUGUUGGGGCUUCUUGAAUCUGGAAAUCAGAAGCAGCAACAUUACAGCGCAGUGGCUUUGUACAAGUUGGCUACCAAAACCACUUCAUUUUCUCCUGUAGAUUCUGCUCCUCUAUCACCAACCCCGCAGGUAUAUUUGGGUGAGCAGUAUGUUAACAAUCCUACACUGUCAGAUGUUACAUUCUUAGUUGAAGGUCAACGGUUUUAUGCACAUAGAAUUUGUCUGCUUGCUUCUUCAGAUGCUUUCCGAGCAAUGUUUGAUGGGGGUUACAGGGAGAGGGAUGCAAAAGAUGUAGAGAUUCCAAAUAUUAGAUGGGAUGUCUUCGAGUUAAUGAUGAGGUUCAUUUAUACAGGAUCUGUAGACGUUGAUAUUGAUAUUGCACAGGAUCUUCUUAGAGCUGCUGAUCAAUAUCUUUUGGAGGGCCUUAAGCGUCGAUGCGAAUAUACCAUUGCACAGGAUAUUUCUGUGGAAAAUGUUUCGCUUAUGUACGAGUUGUCAGAAGGCUUUAAUGCUACAUCACUGAGGGAAGCUUGCAUACUGUUUAUAUUUGAGCAAUUCGAUAAAUUGAGCUCCAAGCCGUGGUGUUGUCAAUUGAUCCAACACAUUAUGCCUGAGAUACCAAAUUACUUUACAAAAGCACUUACCAGAAACAAUGAAGCUAACAUGAGGUAGCUGUAGAUGAUUCACCUGGGUUUUGAUCUUCAACUAACUGCUAAGAUGGUAGCAAAAGAUGUACAGAAAUUGUAGACUUGAGCUAGGGCAGCUAAUCCAACUGGCAAGAGUAACCAUGCCAAGCUAAUUCAAAAGGCAAGAAUAACUAUGCCAAGAUAAUUCAAAUAGCUAGAGUAGCCAUGCCAAGAUAAUUCAAAAGGCACAAUUUUUUCUUACAACCGACCGACGCUUGAUCACCACAUUGGGCCUGUGUCUCAUUUUGAUAUGAUAUUGGGAUUAAUAGACGUACUUGCUGUAAAUUCUAGAAAGCACUCUUUUUCUUAUUAUGGUUGCAAUUGUUUUCAUUUGAUGGAAGGACCAUGAUUCAAUCUGUAAUUAUGAUUAACAUUACCCAUUACGCAAUAUUUAUAUAUUUAAGAAUUUAGCCUAUUUUGUGAAAAAUCUA